GGGCAUGAGAGUCUUGCCAUUGUCUUUGCUCAGUAAUAUGGUCCUGGACUUAAAGGGGAAGAAGUUUUUUCAUUUUGGAAAGGUUCUCUUCAGCAACACUACAGUUUUCCUGAAGUUUGAAGGAGAUGAGAAGGCUUGUGAUCCCUUGCAGGGUUACAAUGUUACCUGGUACUUUAGAUAUUCUGAUUGCUACAAUGAAGUCUCCAACUUUGGGGAUGAUCAAGCAGUGUCUUAUUUUGGAACCACUGCUGAAGCACAUACGGGUUGGUCAGGAUCCUACGCCAUGGCUUCACUCUUCUUCCCCAACUGUUCUGAGCUCUUCAAACCACAGAUUUUCUAUAAAGAGUAUAUUCCCCUAGAACACCUCUCAGAUGAAAAACAAGAGAGUUUAAAAGAUAAGGAGAAUGCAACAAACCACACAGUGGUGGCAGAGAAAACUGCAAGGAAUGCUGUGAUCCAAACCCGGAAAGAUGGGCCAUAUAUCUUCAUUGUGCAAAUUGGGAUUUCAGCCUUGAAGGAGUCUAGUAUCAACAUGAAAAGGAGGGAGAUAAUGGCACCCUCCUCUGAUCCAAAAGAGAGUCUCUUUACAAUGACUGUGGAACUGAAGGGUCCAUAUGAGUACCUCUCUCUUGCAGACUAUCCUCUCAUGGUUUUUUUCAUGGUGAUGUGUAUCGUAUAUGUGUUCUUUGGAGUUCUGUGGCUUGCAUGGUCAGCCUGUUAUUGGCGGGACCUUCUGAGGAUCCAGUUCUGGAUUGGUGCGGUUAUCUUCCUGGGAAUGCUGGAGAAAGCAGUCUUCUAUGCAGAAUUCCAGAACAUCCGCUACACGGGAGAAUCUGUCCAAGGUGCACUGAUACUUGCAGAGCUGCUUUCUGCAGUGAAACGUUCACUGGCUCGAACGCUGGUCAUCAUCGUGAGCCUGGGAUACGGGAUAGUUAAGCCUCGUCUUGGAGUCACUCUUCACAAAGUAGUUACGGCUGGAGUGCUCUAUUUAUUAUUUUCUGGCAUGGAAGGUGUCCUUAGAGUCACAGGGGCACAGAAUGAUCUUGCCUCCUUGGCUUUUAUUCCCCUGGCUUUCCUAGAUACUGCCCUCUGCUGGUGGAUAUUCAUCAGCUUGACUCAAACGAUGAAGCUGCUAAAACUUCGGAGGAACAUUGUGAAACUCUCUCUUUACCGGCACUUCACCAACACUCUUAUCUUGGCAGUAGCAGCAUCUAUUGUAUUUAUCAUCUGGACCACCAUGAAGUUCAGGCUGGUGGAUUGUCAGUUGGACUGGCAGGAGCUGUGGGUGGAUGAUGCCAUCUGGCGACUGUUGUUCUCAAUGAUCCUUUUUGUCAUCAUGGUUCUGUGGAGGCCGUCUGCCAACAACCAAAGGUUUGCUUUCUCACCAUUGUCUGAGGAAGAUGAGGAUGAACAGAAAGAGCCCAUGUUAAAGGAAAGCUUUGAGGGAAUGAAAAUGAGAAGUACAAAACAAGAACCAAAUGGAAAUAUGAAAGCAAACAAAGCUCAGGAAGAUGAUCUGAAGUGGGUAGAAGAGAAUGUUCCUUCUUCAGUGACUGAUGUUGCUCUCCCAGCUCUUCUGGAUUCAGAUGAGGAAAGAAUGAUUACACAUUUUGAAAGAUCCAAAAUGGAGUGAAGAAGAAGCUUCUUGAAAGUUCUGUUUCCCGUAGGCUGCCCAGUGGAUCGGGUGCAUCCUGCUGAUCUCUCUCUUGAUCUUCACCUUUGGAACUGGACACUGUAUUUGAGUGAGGGCAUCUUACACAGUUCACUGUGGAAGAGGUUCGCAAGGACAUUGAUAAAUCUUUGGAAAAUGUUUGAAUUUAUGGUGUUGCUGCAAGUUUGGAUUUUUAAGUGAUUUAAAUGUGUGUUCCAGCACCUUCUGUAACUUUCUUCAGAUAUUUAAUCUGUCAAACUAAAAGUCCUAACAUC